AAGGCAGCAACGGCAAAUCCGAAGCGUGCAACUAGGAAGCAGGCAAAAAGAAUUGAACCUGACAACGAUGAAGCUGAAGAUAAUAUUAAUGUUGAAUCUGACAACGACGAAGCUGAAGAUGAAUUACUUGAACCUAUUACACAAUCUAAAAAGGUAGUUGAAAAGUUGUCAGAUAUUAGUAAUCAGCCAUUAACACAAGUGCAACAGAGUGAAGGCAGCAACGGCAAAUCCGAAGCGUGCAACUAG